CACAUACCCCUGAGAGGGGUCGCACUCCCUCCCUGGAGGCGGGGUAUGUAGGGUACAAUGUGUCACAAUCUGCCCCCCUCCAAUCAUCUCUCUUCUUCCAUCCCAGAAUUUGCUGAUACAUAACAGGAAGGCAGGAGCUGGGACCCUCUGCACAGAGAGCGAGGAGCCGAUCCUUUGCUGCUUUCCACGGCACUCUGCGAGACGCUCUGCAGGCGGUAGACCCAACGCCCUUACCUGACCUCCUCAGGUGUCCUGCUGAACUUGUGUGAUGUCAUCAAAUGUCGUGAAAGCAACUUCUCCAUUGGCCAGUGCUGUGACAGGUGCGAUGGAGCUGUCUGUGGCUCAGUGGCUUCUUGUGGUCUGUCUCGUGGCUUUUCCCCUCCUGUACGAAUGGAGCGUGACCUUCAAGUACUUCUGCAAGAUGGCGUUCUACAACGGCUGGAUCCUCACUCUGGCCAUCUUGGCCAUCCCUAUCUGCGCAGUGAGGGGACGGAACGUGGAGAACAUGAAAGUUCUCCGAUUUAUGCUUCUGCACAUCAAAUAUCUGUACGGGAUCAAGAUCGAAGUCCGAGGCUGGGAGAAUUUCAACAUUAAGGAGCCGUACGUCGUCGUGUCAAACCACCAAAGCUCGCUGGAUCUGCUGGGGAUGAUGGAGAUCCUGCCGGGCCGCUGCGUGCCCAUUGCCAAGCGGGAGCUGAUGUACGCGGGCACGGCUGGCCUGGCGUGUUGGCUGGCGGGCGUCAUUUUUAUCAACCGGAAGAAGACGGACGACGCCAUCAGCGUCAUGACGGAGGCAGCUGAGACCAUGCUAAAAGAGGACGUGCGAGUUUGGGUUUUCCCUGAAGGCACCCGGAAUCACAGCGGGUCUCUGCUGCCGUUUAAGCGGGGAGCGUUCCACCUGGCGGUGCAGGCCCAGGUCCCCGUUAUUCCGGUUGUCAUGUCUUCCUAUAAGGAUUUCUACUGUAAGAAAGAGAGAAGGUUUACUACAGGGCAGUGCACGGUGCAGAUCCUCCCAGGAGUUCCCACCCGUGGAUUGUCUUCUGAUGAUGUCCCUGAACUUGCCGACGAAGUACGAGGCUUGAUGCUCGAUGCCUUCUCGCAAUUUUCGACUGAGCGCCCGGGGAAGGAACCUGGAGGGGGGCAUUGACCUUCCCCUUCCAUCAUUCUUUCCAACCACCCUGGGCAAGGGAUUCCCCCCCCCAUGGAAGACAUAGAGGAGCAGGGGGGACCCUUGAAGCUAAACUGAGAUUCAUGGCCUUUGAUGGAAGAGAACUUACAAAUGAUCCCUGAGAAAAGAGGGGGAAAGCACGACCUUUAACAGAGAAGAGGGAAAGAGAGAGAACCUCGAGUCCUCCAUGGAAAGAGAGACGACCCCCCCCCCAUCCCUGCCCCUAUAGAGGCCAAAAUUAGAAAUAAAAUAACCCGGUUCAGACCGAGAUGAUUAGAGGCCAACCUAGAGAGAUGGGAAAAUAAUUAAAACAAGCGCAGUGUCUUGAUCUAGAUGGUUAAGGAGGAUCGAUAGCGGGAGGAGGAACGUGAAGGGGCGAGAGAACCUUGAGAAUCCAAAGAGAGAA